UUACUUGUUGUGAUAAUAUAUUUAAUUUUUAUUUUUUAAAUAGCUUUCAUGGUGUUUGUUAGUUGUAAACUGUUAACUUGUGACUUGUUAUAAAAAUUCCAAUCAUAAAUUAUUGAGAUAUCCGUUCGACGUCGAAUGUUGAUUUGAUUUAGAUUAAACGUUGUUUUUUUUGUUUAUACUUCAGUAUUCAAGUGCGCGUGUUCGGCGAAACCACACGCCGGAUUGACUGACUUUAACUGUAAUUUAUAAUAAAUAAUAGUUAGGUAUGGCGUUUGUUCGUGUAAAAAGGCGUCACAACGAAGAUCCUUUUAACUCCAUUGUCGUAUCCCACAAGAAGUUGAAAACUGUCGGUACAGAUUUCAGCCGAGAUAGUGUAUUUCAAUUUGCUGGCACUUUAAAAGACGAAUAUGAAGACUUUUCACAAAUAUUAAAAGAGGUCCAAGAAGAGCAAUCUGUAAAAAUGUUAACAAAGAAGAAGAAAAACAAAAACAUUAAUGAUGUGGUUGAACAUUCAAAAGCUAAACGUUUAAAGCUAGUUAAUACUCUGAGAGCUGUUAAACAAGACACAGUACCCAUUGAAGAAAUAGAUGGAGAGAACUCAGAAAUAAAAGUUGUUGAUUUUGUUAAGCAAGCCGAAGAUAAUAGCAAGCCCUUAAUAGAUGAAGGAAUUUCAGUUGACUAUGUAUACGACUUAUAUGUUGCAUUAAAUAAUGAUGAUAAAUUAAUUGAUGUACAAGAUAUUGAUAGCGUACAUGGUUUAGAUUCCGAACUAUUUUUUAAUAUUUGUAAUAAUAUUGAGAACUCUGAUAUUGAUUCCUCGCAUUGUGAAGAAGAUGAUGAUUCCAAUGAUGAAGGGAAUUGGAGAAAUGAUUAUCCUGAUGAGGAUGAAAUGGAUAACGAUGAAGAAGAUAGUUGUGAAGAUCUAAUUUCUAAAUCAAAACAAUGGAAAAUACAUAGUGAUAGCAGUACUGAUUCAGAAGAUAUUGAGGACUAUGAAUUACAUUUUGCAAAAUAUAAAGAACGUGUGAAAGCAGAAGAACACUUUUUUUAUAAUAGUGUUAUAGAUGAUAGUUCUGGAAGUACAAAUGAUUCAGAUGACUGAUUAAAAAUGAUCAGUUGUGUUCACAAAAUGAAAUAUUAUUAAUUUUUAUUUUUAUAAUAUAUUAUAUUUUUUAAGAAUAUUUUAUUACAUUUUUUUGUUAGUAUUUAAAAUUUUUCCGAAUUAUGUGUAAUAUUCAAAAUAAAGAUAAAUAAAUACAAUAACUUAUCGUCAAUAA